UUCUUCUUCUUCUUCUUCUCUCUCUCUUUGCUUUAAGCGCGAUCAGAGAGUGAGGACCGGAAGCAAUAUCACAAUCUGGGGUUAGGGUUGUCCCUAAUCCGAACCACCAAUUCCACCCACUCUAUCCCAACCCCCCUAAAUCUCCAUUCCUCGAUUUCCGACCACCAUGGGCGUCAAUUGCGACUCCGGCAAUGAUCUCAACGAGCAGAUCGAGCAGCUCAUGCAGUGCAAGCCACUCUCCGAGCAGCAGGUGAGAGCGCUAUGCGAGAAGGCAAAGGAGAUUUUGAUGGAAGAAAGCAAUGUCCAGCCGGUGAAGAGCCCAGUGACUAUUUGUGGCGACAUCCACGGGCAGUUUCAUGACCUUGCAGAGCUUUUUCGGAUUGGAGGGAAGUGUCCCGAUACCAAUUACUUGUUUAUGGGAGAUUAUGUGGACCGUGGAUAUUACUCGGUUGAAACUGUGACGCUCCUAGUGGCCCUGAAAGUGCGUUAUCAUCAGCGUAUCACAAUUCUUAGAGGAAACCAUGAAAGUCGUCAGAUUACUCAGGUUUAUGGGUUUUACGAUGAAUGUCUUCGCAAGUAUGGGAAUGCUAGUGUAUGGAAGACCUUCACUGACCUUUUUGACUACUUUCCACUGACAGCAUUGGUUGAGUCAGAGAUAUUUUGUCUGCAUGGUGGAUUGUCCCCUUCAAUUGAUAACCUUGACAACAUAAGGAACUUUGAUCGUGUUCAAGAGGUUCCGCAUGAAGGGCCCAUGUGUGAUCUAUUAUGGUCUGACCCAGAUGACCGAUGUGGUUGGGGUAUUUCACCUCGUGGUGCAGGAUAUACUUUUGGCCAGGAUAUAUCUGAACAAUUCAAUCAUACAAAUAGUCUAAAGUUGAUUGCAAGAGCUCAUCAGUUGGUUAUGGAUGGAUUCAACUGGGCCCAUGAACAAAAGGUGGUCACCAUAUUCAGUGCACCUAAUUAUUGCUAUCGCUGUGGGAACAUGGCAUCUGUUCUAGAAGUCGAUGACUGCAGGGGCCAUACAUUUAUCCAGUUUGAACCUGCUCCUAGAAGAGGAGAACCAGAUGUUACUCGUAGAACACCUGAUUACUUUUUAUGAAGCAGCUGCAAUGGUGUUGUUUAUUUCGUAGCUCUACCACUUUUGAAUCAUGGAUGCACAUUGUUUUGCCCAAGAUGACCGUUGGAUUUAAAAUCUAAACCCUUCCUGGCCGGUUAUAGCGAUAUUCCAAAAGGAUGUAAAAUACAAAGUUAAGGUGUCUGCUGAUUGUCUUAGACCUGAACGUUGCUGGAUUUCCCAUCAAAUAGUUUGCCUAGUUGUUGACACACUGUCAGUUUGUAUUAUAUCCAGCAAAAGUAUGUGGAUAUUCCUUAUUGUUUGUUUUCAUUUUUAUCUUUUUUGUCUUGUAUGUUUUGUCAACCUUCCCAGUUUGGGCCCUAAAGGAUGCUUGAACUUAAUUAUUAGUGGAUAAUUUCCUAUUUAUUCCA